AUGUCUUCCAUCCCCAUCGGUGAUGUCGGGGUGUCAUUUCCCUUUAACCCAUAUCCGGCACAAGUUGAAUACAUGCGUGCUGUUAUUGACGCGUUGAAGGGCCGUUGCAAUGCCUUACUGGAGUCUCCUACAGGGACUGGUAAGACACUCUGCCUCCUCUGUUCUGCCCUCGCCUGGUUAGAGAAGAGAAAUGGGAUGACGCAACAGAGGUAUCAAAUUGAAGGGGCUGGGAGGACCCGGGUAAUAUACUGCAGCCGUACACAUGCUCAAUUGAGCCAAGUGAUCCGGGAACUCAAACGAACACGUUACGGUGAUAUUUUUUCAAUGUCUCUGUUGGGUUCCAGAGAGCACAUGUGCGUCAAUUCCCAGGUUCUUCGUCUUCCGACAGCUCAGGCCCAGCAAAGUAUGUGUAACACACUUCGGGAAGAAAAAAACUGCCGCUUCUACCGGGGAUUUCAGGCCCGAAACGACCACAACACAGCUGUGAAGGAUGGAAAGUGGGUGCAUGACAUGGAGGAUUUGGUGUCAGACGGUCGAAAGUGUGGAUACUGUCCAUAUUAUUCGGAAAGAGAAGAGGCAAAGGAGGCGGACAUCGUUUUUCUUCCGUAUAACUACGUGUUUGACUUGUCCAUUCGCAAACAGCUUCCGUUUAAUCUAAAAGGAUCCAUUUUAAUAGUGGACGAGGCACACAAUCUGCCCUCUGUUUUGGGGGCAUCUUCCUGUAUGAAUCUUCAGCCUCUUGAACUUACGAAUGCCAUUCAUGACUGUUCCAGAGCCAUUGAAAUGAAGAGAAUCUUGAUGGAUACUGCCGCUGCGGACGACAAUUCCCAAGAUGGUUUGAUGGACGAACAAGAAUUUGCCUCUCUUAAAAUUAUCUUGUGCCGAUUGGAGUCUUGCAUUGCUGAAGAAAAUCAAGAUGAUGAAGAGAAGAAAAAGAUAUCGAGCAAUGAGGUGAAUGGAUCUUUGCCCGGUGUUGAAAUUGUGCGAGAAGGUUCCUACAUGAUUCCCUUUUUGUCGAAGGCACUAAUCACGAGGGAUUUGUUUUUUGGCGGUAAUAAUCAAAACGGCGGCGGUAUAAAUGACGUCAUUACAAAGGCAAUUGCCGUGUUGUCUCAAAGUGAGAGUGCGGCAUUGGGUCUUUCAAAAGUUCAGCAAUUCCUGAACUUUGUGUAUGAAAGAUGUGAGUCCGAUGACGAUGAGGCCUAUCGCUUUAUUUUGCGGGGGGCCAAAGGUGCCAACCGGGGCUCCAAUCAGCGAUCACUUGGGUACUGGUGCCUGGAUACAUCGUGCGCAGUAAAAACACUUGUGGCGGGUCUUAAUUCGUUGCUCCUGACCAGCGGGACGCUCUCGCCCCUUGAACACUUUGCCGCUGAACUUGGGAUAGAGUUUGGUGUUUCUCUGAAGGGAGCUCAUGUCAUUCAACAGAAUCAGGUGCUUGGAUGCGUGCUAUGCAAGGGGCCUAGUGGGGAAAAACUGAAUGGGGCUUAUGCAUACCGUAAUAGUGUUGACUAUCGAGUGGGCUUGGGUAUGUCACUAGUAAACAUAUCACGUAACACACCCGGCGGUGUUCUUGUGUUUUUCCCAAGCUAUGUGGCCUUGAAUGCGGCGAUUGAUUUGUGGCGUGCUGGUAGCGGUCGUCCUGGUGAAUCUCUGACGGUAUGGGGAAUGCUAGAGGAUCUGAAGCCGGUCUUUGUGGAACCCGUGGAAGCUUCGGAUUUACGGACGAUUGUGUCACGUUUUCAGCGCGAGGUGGACUCCGCACCAUCUCGUGGCGCUAUUUUGUUAGCUGUUUGUCGUGGAAAGAUUAGCGAGGGUAUUGAUUUUGCGGACAAUCAUGGUCGCUGUGUUGUGGUGGCUGGCAUCCCAUUUGCGAACCACACGGAUCUUUUUGUGCGACUGAAGCGAGAAUACCUGACGCGGGUGGCAUCACAUCGUCCAAAGGUGCGUGGAAAACUUUUUACUGGCGAUGACUGGUACAUGAAUGAGGCGAUGCGCGCCGUUAAUCAGUGUGUCGGUCGUGUCAUUCGCCACAAGGAUGAUUACGGCGUGGUUUUACUUGCGGAUGAGCGUUUCGCGGAACGACUGGAUGGACUUUCUGAAUGGGUGGCGAAUCGGUGCAGCAUUUAUCGUGAGUUCCGUGAGGCCUACGCAUCUGUGGCACAAUUUUUUGCGUCGUUUCGGCGUCGAUCGGGAGACGUUGCGCCUCCCUUUUUCUCUUCCUUCGGUUGCGUUGACAGUGCGUGUGGUGUGGAGGCGGAUGCUCGACUGGGUUUCCCGACGGAGGAACGCGUUCCCGCGUCUGCAGAAAUGGCGAAACGCUUUGCAUCCGAGAAACUGCGUCAGGCCAGAGCUGAAAAGGAGGAACAGAUGCGAAGUCGCAUUGCAGACGCGAGGGAACUGCCUGCAGCGCCUUACCGUGUGAAGGUCGCGAGUGGAGGGGCGAUCAGUGACGGAGGUGUGGGCGGACAAGAGAUUUCAGCAACUGCGCCAACGGCCGCGCGGCAACUGUUUCGAAAACAAGUACUGCCUGUUUUGCCGCCUGCUGACACGGUGCUGGUGGGGAGUACUUCCAAGGAGUUUUGUCAGUUUUUGAGGCGUCAGCUGCAGUCUGCGAGUUAUGACAAAUUCCGGGAUUAUUUGCGGCAAAUUGCCUCCACUCGCAACGAUUCUACCCUCUCCAGCGAUGAGAUGAAACGGGCACUUUCCAGCGCGGUGGAUGGGCUCGCGGGGCUCUUCAAGGAGGCGGCAGGGGAGCGGGACGCGGAGUUGCUGAAUGCGUUUGGCCAACACAUCCCGGAGGAGUUUCGGCCGUAUUAUAUGCAUUUGGUUCGAAAGCGCCGCAGAACCUCUGAAUGA